CAGGUUAUUGGACUUAAUUUAAAAAAAUAUUUUUUAAAUAUUGUUUUAAUAUUACUAUGUAAAAUAUUAUCAUGUUAAGCAACUAUGCAAAAUAUUCAACAUAGUUGAGCUGUUGUAUGCACAAAAAUUAUUAGCUUUAUCAACCCCAUCAGUUUCAACAGUGCCAUCUAGUGACAACAAUAUACACAACGCAUAUCUAUUAAUAUAAAAUACAAUCAAGUUUUGAAUGGCAAACUUAAAAUUAUUUAUAUAACUGAACUGUAUAUACAAAGUUUACUUAUGGAAGUCAUUUUUAGUUUUUUAAGAUGAAUCAAAACAUACCUAGUUCUAAACUGUUAAAACUUACAGAAUGUCUUUCUGAAAGCUGGAAAGAAUUGGCUGAAGAAAUUCCUUUACCGUCUUAUAAGAUAACUGCCAUUGAUAAAGAGGAGUCGCAAUUAGUAGAAAAAGCUUAUCGUGUUUUGUAUAGUUGGUUUCAAUUGGCUCCUGAUACAUUUAAUGAAAAUAACAUAAAAAUGAAGUUGAAAUCUAUUCAACGGAAUGAUAUAAUUAAUGAUGUCUUUGGAGAAGUUGAUGAUCGACUUAUGAAACCUAAAGAAACCAAUUUUAAAGCCAAAACUAAAGUUGUUUCUAAAGUUGAGAACCUUUCUUAUCGCCAGAUUGCAUCACUUUCUGACUUAUUAGAUCCUGAAUAUGGCUGGGAAGAAUUUGCCCAUAACCUUUUUGAAUGUGACAACGAAAUGUUAAAUGAAGUAUUAAAGCUUCGUUUUGACUAUGCAGGAGGUGGUAACCCAGCUUACAAGUUCUUAAAACUUCUGCUUCAAAGAAGGCCGACGAUACGUUUAAAUGAAUUUUUGGAUGCUUGUAAAGAAGUACAAAGAGCAGAUAUCGUUUACUAUGCGAAUGAAAACUUUAGUAAAGUUUGUUUGAUCAAUGAAUUAAAUAAAAGACAACUAAAAGAAUUUGCCGAAAAGAUACGUGGAAAUAUAGUUCCUAGCAAUUGGGCCGAAAUUGCAAGCGAAUUUAGAGAGUUUUCUGCUAAAGAUAUAAAGAGAAUAGAACUUGAAAGAAUGGCCUCGAAUAGCUAUAGUCCGACGAAAAAGUUAUUUGAAAAGCUUCAACAGACCCAUCCCAAAAUGGAGUUAAAAAAGUUAAUUAGUGUAUGUGAAAAAAUAAAGAGGAGAGAUGUAGCUAAUAAACUUAGUGAGUUUGCAUUAAACAAUAAACAAUAGUCAAGUAGCUAAAUUCAUUUAUAUAGAAGGUAUAUUCACUGUUUUCAAAAUAA